AACCCUUCUUACUCGAGUCUUUCCUCACUCACUACCCUGCUCCUCCCAAAGUCGUCUUCUCUUUCUACUGGACGGCCUACAAAACCAAAAAACCCUCUGUUACGAAGACACACGAAUAUUAUCAAUGGCGGACGGAGAGAGCUCGAAAGAGGCAACUGCAAGAACGCUGCGGAACGCGUUUGGCAAUGUGCUCUCUUUCUUCAUCCUCCUCUUGAUUGGAGUUCUCGCCUUCUCGAUCCGCCUUUUCUCUGUAAUAAAGUAUGAGAGUGUUAUUCACGAAUUCGAUCCUUAUUUCAAUUACAGAGUUACUCAGUUUUUGACAAAGAAUGGGAUUUAUGACUUUUGGAAUUGGUUUGAUGAUCGAACCUGGUAUCCUCUCGGCCGUGUGAUUGGUGGAACUGUUUACCCUGGGUUGACCUUGACAGCAGGCACACUAUGGUGGUUAUUGAAUUCCUUGAACAUUCCAUUGUCUGUCGAGACCGUUUGUGUAUUCACUGCACCAAUUUUCUCUGCAUUUGCCUCAUGGGCAACUUACCUUUUGACCAAGGAAGUUAAGGGUACUGGUGCUGGACUGACAGCAGCUGUUCUUUUGGCCAUGGUUCCAUCAUAUAUAUCUCGAUCUGUGGCUGGUAGCUAUGACAAUGAAGCUGUCGCCAUAUUUGCUCUUAUCUUCACUUUCUAUCUCUAUAUAAAGACAUUGAAUACAGGAUCCCUCUUUUACGCUACUUUAAAUGCCUUGGCAUACUUUUACAUGGUCUGCUCAUGGGGAGGGUACACCUUUAUUAUUAAUCUAAUUCCAAUGCAUGUGCUAUUGUGCAUUGUGACUGGUCGCUUUUCUUCCCGACUGUACAUUGCAUAUGCUCCUCUUGUGGUUUUAGGAACGCUUUUAGCAGCUUUGGUGCCUGUUGUUGGUUUUAAUGCAGUUAUGACAUCAGAACAUUUUGCUUCAUUUUUGGUUUUCAUUAUCAUCCAUGUGGUGGCUCUUGUGUACCAUGUCAAAGAGAAUCUCUCUCCAAGAAUGUUUAAAGUGGCUGUUACGCUCGUUGUAUCUGUGGGCCUGGUAGUGUGCUGUGCUAUGAUAGCUGUUCUAAUAGCACUGGUAGCUUCUAGCCCAACAAAGGGAUGGAGCGGACGAAGUUUGAGCUUGCUUGAUCCAACUUAUGCAAGCAAGUAUAUACCAAUCAUUGCUAGUGUCAGUGAACAUCAACCCCCUACUUGGCCAUCUUACUUCAUGGACAUUAAUGUUUUGGCUUUCUUGGUUCCAGCUGGGAUUAUUGCAUGCUUUUUGCCUUUAUCAGAUGCAAGCUCCUUUGUUGUGCUUUAUAUUGUAACAUCUGUAUAUUUUUCUGGUGUCAUGGUGCGUCUUAUGCUCGUGCUUGCUCCAGCAGCAUGCAUCAUGUCUGGGAUCGCCCUUUCUGAAGCUUUUAAUGUCUUAACACGAUCAAUCAAGUUUCAGCUACCUGGAUCAUCAGGGACUUCCCAGGUUGAUUCAAGGGAUACCAGUCUGAAUACUGAUGGAGAACAAAAUGACAUAGCCAAGACUGAGAAAAUGGAUGAGACAGUAAAAGAACGACCAUCAAAAAAGAACAGGAAGAAAGAAAAAGAGCCUGUGGAGAAAGCCUCUAUAAGGUCCCGGAUUGAAAGGAGACUUCUUGUUUUACCUUUGGAGUCAUCUGUCAUUGCUAUUAUCUUGCUCGUGUUGCUUGGCGCUUUCUAUGUGGUUCAUUGUGUCUGGGCAGCAGCUGAAGCUUAUUCGGCACCUUCUAUUGUUUUAACAACUUAUUCACGAGAUGGUGGGCUUCAUGUUUUUGAUGAUUUCAGAGAGGCUUAUGCAUGGCUAAGCCACAAUACUGAGGUGGAUGAUAAAGUUGCAUCAUGGUGGGACUAUGGUUAUCAAACAACUGCAAUGGCUAACCGCACUGUUAUUGUUGACAAUAACACCUGGAAUAACACGCACAUUGCAACUGUUGGUACUGCUAUGUCUUCUCCUGAGAAGGCAGCCUGGGAAAUCUUUAGCUCCUUGGAUGUAAAAUAUGUUCUAGUUGUCUUUGGAGGUCUUGUUGGCUACCCCAGUGAUGACAUUAAUAAGUUCCUGUGGAUGGUUCGUAUAGGAGGGGGGGUGUUCCCUCAUAUCAAAGAACCUGAUUAUUUAAGAGAUGGUCAAUACCGGAUCGAUUCUCAGGCCACUCCAACCAUGUUAAAUUGUCUCAUGUACAAGCUAUCAUAUUACAGGUUUGUGGAAACUGAUGGUAAAGCCUUCGACAGAGUUAGGCAGACAGAAAUUGGGAAGAAGUACUUCAAACUUACCCAUUUCGAGGAGGUAUUCACAACUCACCAUUGGAUGGUUCGCAUUUACAAAUUGAAACCUCCAAAGAACAGGAUUCGAGGGAAGACCAAAAAAUCAAAAUUGAAAGCAAGCUCAACUUCCAGCUCAAAAAGAAGCGGAACAGGGAAGAGAAACCCAUGGCACUAGUGAAAUAAAUUAUAGGCUAAUGUGCUCAUAUGUCUGUAAUUCAUAUAAAUGACAAUCAAGAAGCUUUUGAGAGGGAUCUUGCAGGCAUAUUUGAUCAUUAGCACAGUAAAAAGCAAACCAGUAGAAGGAUUUUGCAGUCUCCA